GAGAACACUUGCAAGCUCAUCGCGGUCGGCUUCCCAGGGAAGAUGCUCGCGCGCUCGCUGAAGACCAUAGGAGACGCCAUCAGGGCCCAGUAUGCGCCUGUGGACGUCCAGACCCGCAUCAACGUAAAAUGUUUUGACAUGGCGAAGAAGAUUACUUUCGACUUCGAGCAGGCUGCCGAUGCGUCCAACUUCCUCGCCAAUUUCACCCGUGAUGGUGUAUUUCGGUUCCCCGACCCACUCGUGCCUCAGGACAUGUUGAACAUGCGUAUCAAGCGUGACCAGGACUUGAAAGCUCGUCAGCUCUUCCUCUCCAUGGGCCGCGUCCGCUCUCUCAUCACCCAGCAGUUGUCGGCUCGUUCCAUUGAAGUGGGCAGCAGCGGGCUUGGGGGCAUCGUUUUCGCACGCAAGUCGGAGCAUGAGGCAGUCGAGCUGGCGCGCAUCGAGGUGAGCGAAGACACGCUGGAGGCCAAGGUCGAGCUCGACAUGGCGGGGAUUCGUCAGUUGGGCCUGGAGGCCCAAGCUGAGGCCAUCUGUGCUGCAGCACAGGUGCAGAUCAGCAUCUUCAACCUUCACCUCCCCAACGCGAGCGACUCGCUCAACACUUAUGCGCAGGCGCUCCUGAUGUUGCGUGCUGAGUUUCAGAGGUUCCCUCAUGACCAUCGCGUGCUUAUCGGUGAUUUCAACUUCUCUUUGGUCGAGGAAGGUCGCAUGCAAGCUGAUGGUUCUGGCUGGAAGCCUGGGGACCGAGCUCACUCCCGUCUUUUUCAGCGUCAUUUCCCGUGCGUCACCGAGUUUUACCAGGGGCAGGACACGAGGAGGGAGGUCAGGGACGGGGUCGUCAAAAGCACCGCGCGCCUCGACAGAGCGUAUUCAUCCCUUCCUCAAGCUAUGCUACGUGACUUAGACAUUCGCUGUGGUGUCCUGGGACGUCUAAAAGCCAAGAUGGAAAGCGACCACCUCCCGAUCGUGGUCAGCAUCGAACCGUAUCGGCCCACAGCCGGCCACAAAAGCAUCGCGAAGUGGAUCCUCAAGCACCCGGAGUUUCCCCGCUUUCUGGAAGCCGCCAUAGCUGAAAUGUCUAAUGAGUUAGGCCCAUGGGAACGUCUCACGCAGCUCAAGGAGCUGAUGUUUGUCGCGGCUGCCCACGUCCGCGACUUUGUCAAGCGCGCGAUUGCUGACACUCUCGAGCUUAAACAGUACUGGGCUUUACAGGCGCUCCGUGGCUGGCGCCUGGGCAAGGUUUGGCUCGUGCACCGUGCUCUGCGUUGCUAUCCCGUGCUGCAGUCUCAUUUCUGCCUCGUUUCUUUCCAAUGCGCUCGUGUUGAUGGCCUCUGCGCGCUCAUUCGCUCCAUCGAGAUGCAGUUGCUUGACCAGGAAUCGCAUGACCUUGAGUUCUCGUCCUUCUGGGCCGAUACCCCAUCGGAGGUCAAGACAUCUCACAAGCAACGCAUCGCCCGUAAGCAGGAGCUUUGGCGCAAGUUCAAGAGCCGCACAUAUCUGUCUAGCAUAUAUGAUAACUCUGGGAUGCCGUGCAGGUCUAUCGACCACUCCGCCGAG